AUGAGGCUUGUCGCCUGCGAGCGUAUGUCAGGGACACAAUGCUCGAAAAAGACUCCAUUGAGUUCGUGCUUCGCGGAGCAGCUUGUCUGCAAUGGAGAUGAAGGAGGCCCGUCGCCUACUUGGAGUCGAGCUGGUAAGCUGCAACUCGAACAAUGGUCUUGUUGUUGUAAGAUGCCAGCUGCUGAUGGUAUGCUGCUGCUCGAACAAUGGUCUUCUUGCUAUGGUAAGACGUGA